ACAGCGGCAACUGCAUCCACCCGACCGCUGCUCAAGACCUGGGCACCCCGGGCGGGCUCCCAGUCUGUGUACACAGUCGCCAUGGUAACCGGUCGCUUCCGGGGAUUCCGGAAGUGUCCUGGAGUGUGGCGGAAAUGAAAUCCGAAGUUCUUCGGUGAUACGAGUAAGGUCGGGGGCGAAUCAGAAGAGGGCAAAUGGACCCUUUAAUCUAAAGAAACUGCCGUAGGUGUAUGCAUGAAGCGGAGGCCAUGGGAGAGGGGAAAGGAAGGCCGCGGUGGAACCAGGAAGCGGGGCAGCCGGGCUUCCGGCGCAGAGGAGUUUGCGACUACGGCUGCCGCGCGGGCCCAACCCACUCCGGCUCCCCGCGGCGAGCUGCGGUCGGUUAGUGUGGAGCCAGCCGGCCAGGCCUGCGCAGUCGCGGCGGCCGGGGAAGAUGGUGGAGGACGGUGCGGAGGAGCUUGAGGACCUGGUGCACUUCUCGGUGUCCGAGUUGCCUAGUCGCGGCUACGGCGUCAUGGAGGAGAUCCGACGGCAGGGCAAGCUGUGCGACGUGACGCUCAAGAUCGGGGACCACAAGUUCAGCGCUCACCGGAUCGUCCUAGCAGCAUCCAUCCCGUACUUCCACGCCAUGUUUACCAAUGACAUGAUGGAGUGCAAGCAGGACGAGAUCGUCAUGCAAGGGAUGGACCCAAGUGCCCUGGAGGCGCUCAUCAACUUCGCCUACAACGGCAACCUGGCCAUUGACCAGCAGAACGUGCAGUCGCUGCUUAUGGGGGCCAGCUUCCUGCAGCUGCAAAGCAUCAAAGACGCCUGCUGCACGUUCCUCCGAGAACGGCUUCACCCCAAAAACUGCCUGGGUGUGCGCCAGUUUGCCGAAACGAUGAUGUGUGCCGUGCUGUACGAUGCGGCCAACAGCUUCAUCCACCAGCACUUUGUGGAGGUGUCCAUGUCGGAGGAGUUUCUGGCUCUGCCCGCGGGAGACGUGCUGGAGCUCGUGUCUCGGGAUGAGCUGAACGUGAAAUCAGAGGAGCAGGUCUUUGAAGCCGCCUUGGCCUGGGUUCGAUACGACCGGGAGCAGAGGGGGCCUUGCCUGCCUGAGCUGCUGUCCAACAUCCGCCUGCCUCUCUGCCGGCCCCAGUUCCUGUCUGACCGAGUGCAGCAGGAUGACCUGGUACGCUGCUGCCACAAGUGCAGGGACCUGGUGGAUGAAGCAAAAGAUUAUCACCUCAUGCCCGAGCGGCGGCCGCACCUCCCGGCCUUCAGAACUCGGCCUCGAUGCUGCACGUCCAUCGCUGGGCUGAUCUACGCCGUGGGGGGUCUCAACUCAGCAGCACAUUUUUAUGCAGGUGAUUCCCUGAAUGUGGUGGAAGUGUUCGACCCCAUCGCCAACCGCUGGGCAAAGUGCCAUCCCAUGACGACGGCGCGCAGCCGGGUGGGCGUGGCCGUGGUGAACGGGCUGCUCUAUGCCAUUGGGGGCUACGACGGCCAGCGGCGGCUGAGCACAGUGGAGGCCUACAACCCAGAGACAGACACAUGGACCCGAGUAGGCAGCAUGAACAGCAAGAGAAGUGCCAUGGGAACCGUCGUGCUGGAUGGGCAGAUCUACGUCUGCGGGGGCUACGAUGGCAGCUCCUCCCUCAACUCUGUGGAGACCUACUCGCCUGAGACGGACAAGUGGACGGUGGUGACCCCAAUGAGUGCGAACCGCAGCGCCGCGGGUGUCACAAUCUUUGAGGGCAGGAUCUACGUGUCAGGUGGCCAUGACGGCCUGCAGAUCUUCAGCAGCGUAGAGCACUACAACCACCACACAGCCACCUGGCACCCGGCCGCCGGCCUGCUCAACAAGCGCUGCCGGCAUGGUGCUGCCUCCCUGGGCAGCAAGAUGUUCGUGUGCGGGGGUUACGAUGGCUCUGGCUUCCUGAGCAUUGCCGAGGUGUACAGCUCUGUGGCGGACCAGUGGUGCCUCAUCGUGCCCAUGCACACGCGCCGCAGCCGUGUCUCCCUCGUGGCCAGCUGCGGGCGCCUCUAUGCGGUGGGUGGCUACGAUGGACAGUCGAAUCUGAGCUCUGUGGAGAUGUACGACCCUGAGACAGACCGCUGGACAUUCAUGGCCCCCAUGGCAUGCCAUGAGGGAGGGGUUGGCGUGGGCUGCAUCCCUCUCCUAACCAUCUAAGGCCAAGGGUGGGAUGCAGUGGGUCGGGAUCGGGUACAAACCUAGGCGCUUCUGUCUGGGGCCAAGCUCUCCCUGGAGCAGCGGGGGGCCAGAAGAUGGGGUGAAAUGCGAGCUCAUCAGAGGGACGGCUCCUCCAGGUGCUACGACUUCCUCCCUGUGCCGCCCUUGUGAUCUGAGGCCCGGCCUGGGACAGAAAUCCCUCAGGGCUCACAGCCAGGGACAGGGAACUGCUUUGCCGGUCCACGCAGAGCCACGCACGCUCCAGCCACUGCACACCAGGAGCCACCAGUCUGCAGCCAUCCUGCCACAGGGAGGUCACAGGGCCUAGCGUGUGGGAUAUCAUGGGGUGCAGCAGGAGACAAAGGGUGCACCCCACAUGUUCUUCCUGCCCAUGCUGGUGUGGCCGCUGCAGCAGCAACUCCCAUCAUGUGGCACUAAAAGAAGGUUCUGGCCUUGCCUCUGGGUAAGCAGAGAAGACUCUGGUCUUCCCUUGUCAAAUUUUGAGAUUUCAGUAAGGUCUUUCCAUCUUGUCCAGAAGAAACAGAAGGGAAAAAGAUACUUGAAAGAAACUGAAGAAAUAAACUGGAAAGAAAAAUAUUUUAGAGUGAAUUUUUUUUUCCAGGCAGAAAACAGAGGACACUAAAGACAAAUACCUGUUUCAGUGGAAAAGCCAUCAGACACAGAAUGGUGGCAUCCACUUCUGCACCCAGAUCCCAGGGCUCUGAGGCCUCUUGAAACAGUUGGGGUUCCCUCCGGGCCCCCAAGCCUGGUCCCGCAGCAAGGUGCUCUCAGUUUGUCUCCACCCCCAUCAGAGGACGUUCUUAGCAUAGGCUGGGCGAGCCACCAGAGUUACUGCCGCUGUCGCAAGUGGGAGCUCCAGCUGCCCCACGACCCGCAGCACAUGCACAGCCCCCACUUUCCUCUCCAUUCCUUCCUUGUGGGACCAACAGGAAGCAGCAUGUCCGGCCAGCCUCGCUCUUCCCAUCUGUCCCUCCUGGAUCCUGCUCCUAGGCACAGCGCUCCUUGUCAUCCCUCCCACAGCCUGGGGAGGCUGCCCCUGCCUGGCCCCCACCCACUGCUCCUCCGUCCACUCGCCAAUUCCAGGGGCCUGACAUCCCCCCAGCCCUUGGCCACCCGACCAGCAAGAUGGACCUUUACUUCUAAGCAAAUCUAGCUUUAAGGUCUGAAGAACUUAAGGAUGAAAGAAUGCUUUGCUGCUGCAAAGAACAGAGUUUCUAUUUCUUCCUCUAAUCUUGGCAAAUGACCUCAUGAAGAGACUCCACAUGCCUUCCUCCUCCCCAGUGGGACCUUCGUGUCACACUGCAGGAGCCAAGGAGGAGGACACUUUAUUACCAUUGCACUGGGCAGUGGAGCUGUCCUUCAACUGUUGCCAAAACCUGCUUUUAUAAAUUCUUCUGGUAGAGACUCGGAGAGGACGUAGUUCUUUUUUGCCCAAGACUGGGCCAAAGGGCCCCCUCGCUGCCUGGUUGGCUUCAUGCCUUUCUGCCUGCCUGCAGGCUGGGAGCCUGUUUGGAAAGGCACAGGGUGACACCGCCUCCCCUUCCGUCCAGAACCACCAGGCUCGCCAGUGUGCUCGAGCCCACGGGCAAGCACUUGCUGCGGAGCUCAAGGGAAGGGCCUUUGUUACUUGCAGCUUAGGAGCUGGGCCUCUUCCAAGCACUUGAAAAGGAUGCUUUUAAGCCUCUGCAACCGCCGAGCUUUACCCGACUCACCCUCAGUUUCCCUGCAGCAAUAGGCUCAGAGGUGGAGGACUUGCUUCCUGUUGAGACGUCAGCAGCGGUCAUCCUCGCUGGGAGCCACUUGCCUCGCAACUCUGAGGUAGCGCCGGGCUGCCUGGAUUGACAGCAGCACCUGAGCAAGCAGGCCUUGCGGGUCCUCGGCGGCACUGACCCUCUCACCGCAGGGAUGGUGGAAUGCUUUUCCUUGUGCCGCUCCUGUGGUGGCCUCCCUGGGCCCUCCCACGGGAGAGGCCUCCUGCACCUGAGGUCAGCAUUUCCAAGGACAAAGCCGGAGCUUUGAUCUGCGCUCUGAGCACAGUUUCCCAAACCCUGUGUUUGAAACCACCCUGGCCGGCUCCUGGACAGUUGUGCGCAGCAACUGGCGGGGCUUCAUUAUGGGGCCCCAGGCAGGAGGUGGCACAUGGGACACCGGUGUUCACUGUCCUUGUGGUACACAGCUCUCUCCUGGGAUCAUCUGAGACCACUGCCAGAGGGAGCUGAAGACCAGGCUCUUGACCCUGAAUGUGACGAAGUAGGAACCCCCCACUUAUUGUUUCACAGGAAAUCCUUUAUUUAUAGAACGCAUGUCAUUUGUUUUAAACCAAAGAGAAGGAAAUAAAGAAAACACUC